CGCGCCCUGCGCCCUGCGCUCGCAUGAGUGGGUCCUGCGAUGACCCAGAGUCCCCAGUAGUUGGUACCGCCCGGGGACUCCCAGCGCCCAGGCGGAGUGCUCCCAGGCCCGGAAAGGCACCAAGUGCAGCGUGGACCGGAGCAGGGAGAGCAUCGGACUUUGCUGCCCACCAGAGAAGCAUUGUUCUCCAGCAAUGAAUUCCUCAACUCACCUGCCUUUCUUGGACCUCAACCUGAAUGCCACAGAGGGCAACCAUUCUGGACUGAGUGCCAAGAAUAGGUCUUCACCGUGUGAAGGCAUGGGCAUCGCGGUGGAGGUGUUCCUGACCCUGGGGCUCAUCAGCCUGCUGGAGAACAUCUUGGUCAUUGGUGCGAUUGCGAAGAACAAGAAUUUGCACUCUCCCAUGUACUUCUUCGUGUGCAGCCUGGCCGUGGCCGACAUGCUGGUGAGCAUGUCCAAUGCCUGGGAGACCAUCACCAUCUACUUACUCAGCAACAAGCACCUGGUGAUCGCGGAUGCCUUUGUGCGACAGAUCGACAACGUGUUUGAUUCCAUGAUCUGCAUCUCCGUGGUGGCCUCCAUGUGCAGCUUGCUGGCCAUCGCGGUGGACAGAUACGUCACCAUCUUCUACGCCCUGCGCUACCACCACAUCAUGACGGCGAAGCGCGCUGGGGUCAUCAUCGCGUGCAUCUGGAUCUUUUGCACGGGCUGCGGCAUCGUUUUCAUCAUCUACUACGAGUCCACGUACGUCAUCAUUUGCCUCAUCUCCAUGUUCUUCACCAUGCUGUUCCUCAUGGUGUCCCUGUACAUCCACAUGUUCCUGCUGGCGCGGACCCACGUCAAGCGGAUAGCGGCUGCGCCUGGCUUCGGGUCCCUGCGCCAGAGGACCAGCAUGAAGGGAGCCAUCACCCUCACCAUGCUGCUGGGUGUUUUCAUCGUGUGCUGGGCUCCCUUCUUCCUUCAUCUCAUCUUAAUGAUUUCGUGCCCCCAGAACCUCUACUGCUCAUGCUUCAUGUCUCACUUCAACAUGUACCUCAUCCUCAUCAUGUGUAACUCUGUGAUUGACCCGCUGAUAUACGCCUUCCGCAGCCAGGAGAUGCGCAAGACCUUUAAAGAGAUUAUUUGUUGCCAUGGCUUCAGAGUAACCUGUAGGUUUCCUGGAAGAUAUUAACUAGACACAGAAUUCUUUCUCUGUGGCUCUGCUCUGGCUUCCUUUUCUACUGACAAGGUCACAGCUAGUGGGUGAGCAGCAACCCUUGGAAUCCAAAGUGUGCGUUGCCUCGAUCCUUGAACCUGCUCAACCCUGUACUCCAGAUGGGCUCCUACCUCCCUGCAGUGAUUGUUGUGACAAGCACGUACUCACUGCUUCUCCGCUUGGGGAAGGAUCUGUGACAAUUUCUUGUGGUCCUUGUUCAUUCCAAUCUUUCUCUGCUCCAGCCUACUUAUGGGGAGCCCAUUCUUUCUCCACUUGCUAAGUGGCAACGUCCUGUGCGUAACUAAGAAUGGGCUGUUACUGUGAAAGAGAAACUGUAUUUCUACAUUGUGGUAGCUUU